UGGCGUUCGUGUCUCGGUCACACCAGCAAAAAGCGCUGUGUAAUUCUGCUGUUUCAACAACGAAAAAAAGGAACAAAAGCAAUCGCUUCAUUACAGUCGAAAUUAAAAUAAGCUAAAUUCAGGUACAUUACGUUGUGGGAAUAGUAGGCAUCGCAAGGCAUAAAACGCAAACAUGACGGGUGAGACCAAGCAGGAGAAGAAACAAGCGCUGCCGGCGGCCACAGGCGGCGAUGCCAAGGACUCGAAGGCCAAGAAGGAUGAAAAGAAAGACAGCAAGGACAAGGAUCAGCAACCCGAGCUGUCCGACGAAGAUCAGCAGUUGCAGGAGGAACUUGAACUGCUGGUGCAACACUUGCAAGAGCCAGACACUAAGCUCUACCAGCAGACACUGGAGAUGAUGGCCAAACUGAUACGGGCCUCCACAACGUCGAUGACCUCAGUGCCCAAACCGCUUAAGUUCAUGCGUCCUCACUACGACACCAUGAAGACGGUGUACAAGCACAUGCCGGAUGAGAGAGCACGACAGUUGUGCGCCGACAUCAUCUCGGUGCUAUCGAUGACCAUGGGCAGCGGUAAGGAUUGCCUAGCCUACCGAUUCCUCUGCGAUCGCAAGCAACGCAUCGGGGACUGGGGCCACGAGUACGUGCGUCAUCUAUCCGGCGAGAUAUCCGCCCAUUAUCACGACACUACGGGCGACUUUCGAGUCCAACUCAUUGAACUGGUCAAGCAGAUCAUUCCCUACAACAUGGAGCACAACGCCGAGGCAGAUGCCUGCGAUCUGCUGAUUGAAAUCGAUCAUUUGCACCUUCUGGGCGACUAUGUGGAUGAGUCCGCUUAUCCGCGCGUCUGCCUCUAUCUGCAGUCCUGCUAUCCUUACGUUCCCGAGCCGGAUAACACGAUUAUUUUGGAGACUGCGCUUCAGCUGUCGCGCAAGUUUAACCAGCACACACAGGCUAUGCGAUUGGCUUUGAUGCUAAAUGAUAUGGACAAGAUUUCUGAGAUCUUUAAAGAGCCCAAGGAGCCGGCCAUGCAGAAACAAUUGGCAUUCAUGCUGGCCCGCCAACAGAUAUGCCUGGAGCUAGACGAAUCGGUGCCAGACUACGACGAUCUCAUGGAAAUCAUGUCCAAUGCGAAUCUUAACAAGCAUUUCCUGAAUCUAGCCCGCGAACUGGACAUCAUGGAGCCAAAAACUCCCGAGGACAUAUACAAGUCGCAUUUGGACAACUCACGGUCCCGCUUUGCAUCAAUCCAAGUUGACUCGGCCAAGCAGAAUUUGGCCGCUAGCUUUGUCAAUGGCUUUGUCAAUGCCGGCUUCGGUGUAGAUAAGCUGUUAUCGGAAGAUGGCAACAAAUGGCUGUACAAGAACAAGGAGCACGGAAUGCUUUCGGCCACGGCUUCGCUGGGUUUGAUCCUCUUGUGGGAUGUAGAUGGUGGUCUGACCAUGAUCGAUAAGUAUUUAUACUCUACAGACGACAAUAUCAAGUCUGGAGCUUUGCUUGCUUGUGGAAUCGUAAACUGCGGUAUUCGGAACGAAGUCGAUCCGGCCCACGCCUUGCUCUCAGACUAUAUUGAUAACCAGAACUCUUGCAUGCGUGUUGGCGCCAUUCUUGGCCUGGGCAUUGCAUAUGCUGGUUCCAAUCGCUCUAUUGUUAUCGAUACGCUAAAGACGGUAUUUUCAUUGGGCAGCAACAAUAAGAGUUCGGCUAGCGUAGAGAUCCUGGGUAUCACGGCCCUCUCGCUAGGUCUAAUCAGUGUUGGAUCCUGCAAUGCGGAGAUCACCGAGAUCCUUCUGCAGACCAUUAUGGGUCUGACUAAGUCAGACCUGAAGGACACCUACACCAGGUUCUUGUUUUUGGGAUUAGGUCUGCUGUACUUGGGUCGCCAGAAGUCAACAGAGGCUGUCAUGAUGACCCUGGAGGUGUUGGAGGAGCCGCACCGCAGCAUGGCCACCACCAUGGUGGACAUUUGCGCUUAUGCUGGUACUGGCAAUGUACUCAAGAUCCAGCAGCUGCUCCACAUCUGCUCCGAUCACUACGAGACAGCCAGCGCCGAAGACGAAAAGGAAAAGAGCAAGAAGGAUAAGAGCAAAGAGAAGGAUAAGGAAAAAGAGAAGGAGAAGGAAAAGGAGCGCGAGAAGGACUUAUCGGCCACCCAAUCGAUCGCAGUGCUCGGCAUUGCCCUGAUCGCGAUGGGUGAGGACAUUGGAGCCGAAAUGGCAUACCGCUCCUUUGGAAAUCUGCUGCGCUAUUGCGAACCGGCAAUCCGGCGGGCAGUACCACUGGCCUUGGGCUUGAUAUCUGCCUCCAACCCUAAGCUGAACAUCAUCGACACCCUGAGCAAGUUCUCCCACGAUAGCGAUGCCGAAGUAGCCCACAAUGCUAUCUUUGCAAUGGGUUUGGUCGGCGCCGGCACGAAUAAUGCCCGCCUUGCUUCCAUGCUCCGCCAGUUGGCGCAGUACCAUUCAAAGGAUCCCAGCAACUUGUUCAUGGUGCGCAUUGCUCAGAGUCUGACGCACUUGGGCAAGGGUACUCUAUCGCUGAGUCCCUAUCACAGCGAUCGCCAGCUAAUGAACCCAAUGGCCGUCGCUGGUUUGAUGGCUACAUUGGUUUCCCUGCUGGAUGUUAAGAAUCUGAUUCUGAACAGGUCGCACUAUCUGCUCUACACGCUGGUACCAGCCAUGCAAGCCAGGAUGCUGAUCACCUUUGAUGAGGACCUUAACCAGCUCCAGGUGCCCGUUCGGGUCGGUAUCGCUAUCGAUGUGGUCGGACAGGCCGGCAAGCCGAAGACCAUUACUGGCUUCCAGACGCACACCACUCCCGUCCUGCUGGCCAUUGGCGAGCGCGCUGAACUUGCCACCGAUGAGUAUCUGGCUCUUACUCCGGUCAUGGAAGGCUUUGUCAUAUUGAAGAAGAACCCAAACUUUGUUAAAUAGAAAGUGCAUUCAAACAUCUAACGUUUAAGGUCAUGCGAGAAAUUGAAGUUCAGCAACUAACUCCCAAUAAUUAUUUGUUCCCCUCAUUGGCAGUUGAUUCAAAUGUCAUUAAUAAAAAGUAUAUCUACCUUUAAAUAAAUAAAAAUAAAUAUUCAUA